AUGGCUAGAAAACGAGUGUUGUCAGAGCUUGAAAGCAAAGGCUACAGUAUUGUUACCGAUAUCCUUACCCAUGAGGAAUGUAACCAGUACAUAACGCAAUACAAGGAAUGGCUCAGCAGAUUCGGCGAUGAACGUCCUUAUCGUGAUAAAUCGUUGACUCAUCAGUUCAGGGUUGCACAUGCUGAACCGACAUGGAAUGUCCGGCUCAAAUCCAGACCAAUUUUUGCGUCUAUUUGGAAGACAGAGAAUUUGUUAAGCAGUAUGGACGGCGUGGCAAUGGAGGAGCCACCAGAACUAGGUCGCUCUGCUUUUGGCAAUUAUGACUACUUUUGGUUACACACUGAUCAAGGCUCUUGGAGAGAAGGAUUGCAUGCCUAUCAAGGAGCUGUCUAUCUCGAAGAAACGUCAGAAUCAGAUUUCUGCUUAAGGGUGUUGGAAAAUUCAGUUCAGUUUCACAAAGAAUUUUAUGAAAAUUUUCCCACUGCGAAAGAAAAAUCUGCAGGCGAAGAUUUUUAUAUUCUCUCAAAAGAAGAAAUCGAUUGGUUUAUAUCUAAAGGAUGUGAAAUUAAGAAAAUUCCGGUUCCAAAGGGAGGAAUGGUAUUAUGGGAUUCUAGAACAAUACACGAUAAUAUUGCUCCGACGAGAGGUCGGCCAAACUCCGAUAGAUGGCGAUUCGUAGUAUUGGUGUGCAUGGUUCCAGCAAAAUGGACUACAUCAGAGGACAUUGAAAUAAAAAAAGAAGCUUAUGAUAAAAUGGCAGCAACAGCACAUUGGCCGGCACAAGGCGUAUGCCUAUUUCCGAAAACCUCCGAAAGAAAUAAAACAAAUAAGUUUUCUCACCUAGAAAUGAUUCAAGAACAACCAGAUAUUGCCAAAAGAAAAGAUGUUUUAAGGUUAGUUGGUAUAGAGAAGUAUGCUGUUGAGGAAAAUAAAGAAGUUAUAUCAAAAAGACCAAAGUGGAACAUUUUGUUUGAUUCCGAUGCAUGGAGGAAGAGAGAGACACACCGAAAUUGAUAUCUAAGAGACCAAAAUGGAAGACACGUAAAUUCCACUUCAUUAAGAAAAUACUGACUUUUGAUACUUAAGGUUGAUAACUCUUGUAAGUUAUUGACAUUUUAAAUAUAUUGUUUACAUGAACUAUAAUAUCUAUAACUUGAAAACACUGCUGUUGACAUGAACUAUAUAAUGUUCAAACAUAAAGACACCUAUUGUUUUAUCAAAGAAACCUAUUGUUAAUGACUUAUUUAUGCAUAAUUGAUGAAAUAAUUUUAUUCAGUAAAAGUAUAAAUGUUCUUUUUUCUUCGAAAGAUGAUUCAGUAUGGUUAAUAGUUAAAAUUGUCAAAAAACGAGAAUUUACUAAGUUUUCAGGCUAGACCACACGAUCAAUCGUGUAUAAAUAGUGCCGUAAUUGAAAUAUGUAAAGAUAUAUAUGAACUUUUUACCGUAACUGUAUUCAUGGCUGCCAUUUUGCAUAUCGAGAACAAUUACCUUGAAAGUAAUCACGGCUGUCAUUUGGUAUAUCGAGAACAUUUAUCUUGAUAGUA